AUGUUCAACCUCAUCGCCGUUAGGACGUUCGGCAUCAACCCUGCGGUGACCAUCCAGGAUGCGCUGAACAAGAACUGCGUGCUUGAGGACUUCCUAGCUGACAGCAGGUACGCAAACAAGCUGAUUAAGGAGCGCGGUCUCGCGCUCUCCGUGUACGACAUCCUGACGGCCGAGGACGGACGGGUGACGUGGGGCAACGGCCAGAUGUACUACAAGGCUGACAGCAGUCUCGUUCCGCUUAAUGAUGUUCUCGCCCUUCCUUGGAGAGGUCAUUCUCGGCAAGAUUCUGAGCACCACGCAGCAGUGGAUCCGAGCUUUGCCCAAGCUAACAAGUACAGCGACGAGAACGAGCGGCGAUUCUUCUGGUAUCCCGGAGAAGACGAGCGGAAGCUGGACGAGUCCGAGCUGCAGAACACGCUCAAGGCCGAGCGCUUCUACUACGACACGGGGGAGGUGAUCCGGUUCCGCGUCGACUCGAUCGAGUGGAACGAGCACGAGCCCGGACCGCCCAAGGCGCCGGACACGGAGGAGGAGGAGCAGAAGGAUCCCUACGAGAGCGCCGGGUUCCGUAUCACGGCGGCGGUUGGAGAACAGGGACUCGGACUCAUCAGCUGGUGGGGAGAGGGAGCUGAGGAGGGAGAGGCGGAAGAGUACGCCGAGGCCGAGGAGAUCGUCGAGGAGGCUUAG